AUGCCUUCAGCGAGCGAUAACUUCUUAGAGCUUAAAGACUGCGUCUUUAUUAGAGGUUUUCCCGCAAACGUGAACUUAACAGCGUCCGACAUCAGGUGACGACUUCGACUUAAUUAUAACUUCAAUUGGAGUAAUCUCGGAUAUUGUCCCGUGUUUAUUUCCCUCAUAUGAACUAACAUCGAGUGUUUCUUUAAUUUUGUUUGUUUACUAGGAAGUAUUUUAAUGACAGAGUUGGAAAAUGCUGCGUGGAGAUGACUGCUCUUUCCAAAGACAAAGGUCGGUUGUUCAUCGUCCUAAAAUUCGAUAGCAAAGCAGCUGCGCAGAAUGCCAUUGAAAGGUAAUCUUACGUAGGGGUCGUACAGUAAAGAUAGUCACUUAGCUUUGAGUACUCACAGAGCAUAUUCAACCAUAUUUACAAGAGAAGCACCUUUUAAACAUUAUCAUGUGCUUUCUGUUUUUUACAUAACAAGUUCGCUUCCUCUCGAGACUCGACUCAUUCCUAAUUCUUGAGAGGAAAUCCCGGUCUUUGAAUGAAAAUUUAGUGUAGUUGUAAUUAUAAGUAAUUGUUUACGUUAUCUAUGUUUAAUUAAUUAUGUCUGAUCGCGUGAUUUUACGUGCUGGAGGUCUUUUAUAUGCGGCAGCCAUUGCAGAUAGGUUUCCCAGAGGACCGUGAAAACAGUUAAUUAACACUACAACGACACCGUAACGAGAGUUUUCAAUGAAGUCGAUGUUUUCCAUAACAAAGAGAAUUUUGAUAUUUAACCAACUAAACAGAGCUGGGAAAAGACAUGACUUGCUGAAUUUUAAAAUACGAUUGAAAUCUUUAAUUCAGGUGCUAGUAUGAAAGAAACUUUUUAUCCAUCAGAGCCUAAGUCGUAUGAAAUCUUUACAACGAGUUAUUUAGAUGCUCUGAUUCAAGCUGUAUGCUAAAUGUCCGUUGCAAAUUGUUUGAAAUAUUUUGGAGGUCUACCUCUUUCUCUUUAUGGAAAUCUAGGUUGCAUACCACCAUGGAUAUGACCAAUUUUCAAACAAAAUAAUCAGUUGCAUGACAUCACAUGGUUUGAAAUAAAACAAAAAAAUAUCAAGGCUAACAAACUCUUUAGAUAACCUUCUACUCAUUAAUUACCAAAAUUUACUACAUAACAAUGAUUUUCAGCCCCAAGAAAAGCUGUAACUGUACUGUUUUCAUGUCAGUAAAAGCCUUUGAUGUUUACAUGAGAAACAAAAUGAAACAUGAUUGCUUGUAGACAUAGAAUUUAUUUUCUUGUGUUCAACUCAAUAACUCACUCCUUCAGUGUACUUAGAUUGAGUACAAACAGUCAAAGAGAAAUACCAUAUCUAUGUGCACCCAUGAACUAUUCUCUAUAUAUCAUUUAUGAGGCCAAUUUUGAGUUAUAUCAUUUAUGAGGCCAAUUUUGAGUUAGACGUUAUAACCUAAAAUUGAAAAAAAUUUAAAUUUGUAUGUUGUGCCAGCACAUUAAAAAUUAGGUAUGUAGUGAAGUAGUUUCAAUUUUUUUUUUAAAUUUCCUGGCCCGGGUUGUUCAAAGCUGGGUUAAGGUAACUCAGGGUUAGUGUGAGAUUUUAUUUCAGGUCUGAAAGCUUUAAGAGAAAAUUCAGUUCAAAUCUUUUUGCUUCCAAUUUGAUCAUUGGAUGUUCUAAAAAGAAUGGUGAAAAUUUUCCCUAAAAGACUCUUGGACAAAGAAAUAAAGAAACUUGAAUUAAAAUUCAACCCUGGGUUAGGGCUAAUCGACCUUUGAACAACUGGGUCCUGGAUGUUAUCUUGGACUGUAGGGAAGUGGUGACACAUACAACUGAGAAGUGCAUAAACUUCAAAAUAUUAUCUGAUCUUAUGGUUUUCAUUCCUCAUUAACCCCUUAAAUUUGGACAGCUGAUAAUCAUUUAACCCUUUAACUCCCAGAAGUGAUUGAUGUAAAAUGUCUCCCUACAAUAUAUAUACAUUAUUCAGCAAACAGGUAAUGAGAAAAUUCAAACUCACCUGGUAGAAGCUGGUAUCUAGAUCUAGUACCAAGUUCUCAUAACUAAUUUACAAGGAAAUGUGUAACAGUUAGAGAGGAGAAUUAACAAUCAGAUCUUGGAGGUUAAACGGUUAAUGUCAUCUCACAACAUCUUUACACUAUCUAGCCAAUGAUUAAUGAGGAUCAAGAAAAAUAUCAGUUUGGGGCUGUUAUCUUGAUACACCACCAAACUCCAUAACAUAAUUUGAAGGAACUAAAUAAGAGGUAGAAUUAAGAAUUUACAUAUAGAGACCAUAGCAGUUAAAAAAUUAACUCAAGGAACAGGAGAAAGGAAGCAGUUGAGCAGAGUCUGGUCUUUCAGACCAUAAUGUCUUGAAUUUGUGAAUAAGGUUCUUACCCCAAUGGUUUGUCUGUUUCUUUAGCGGCAGUCAAUCAAGCUUGGGAUAAUGUUAUUUCACAUAACCGAGUUUCCUAGUCAUAUUUGAGCUACAGGCAAACAGACAAGUAAUGAGAAUAAAGAAAAAUAUCAAUUAGGGGAUUAUUAGUUGAUCCAAUACCAAAUUCUCCAAACUAACAUCAUAUGAAUUGUAUGGCAGACAGUAAGGAGAAUUACUAAGGAGAUCUUGGGAGUUUAAGGGUUAAAGGGUGCUUGAAUAGCAGCUCCAUAACACGCCCUAUGAACAUGAUAAAUAAGCAUCCUUGAGAAAGCAUUUAUCAUAAAUUUUACCCUAAUCAAAAUAUUUUGGAUUUAUUGGCAAUAAUUUUUGUCCUAGUUAGAGAGCAGAAGUGAAGAAAAUUAUUUGGAUAGACACAUUUUAGAAAAUCUCGAGGACAUCACCAAUACACCUAUUUAUGAGAUGGGAAAAUAUUCACUUUUUGAUCAUAAAAAUUUUUAACAGUGGAAGGAUAUUAUAUUCAGACUACUUCAUAAAUAAAAAUAUUAACACUACUUCAUUUUUAAGGUUCAGUGGGAAACAUGUCUUGAACUAUAAACUGAGACUGAACUUUUGGAGAGCCCCUUUAAAUAUGGUGCGCUCAGAAAGAUCAAGCAGAGACUCGUACGAAAAGUAUCACCAAAGAUGGGACCACGGUAUAAGAUCCGACAAAGAAACCAAAGAAUCAUUGAGACACCACAAGAACUCAACCAGAGAGCAGAAUUCCCAUGGUACAAACCACUUGCCUAGAAAUUCCAUGCCUUAUGAUGAUCACGUGGAAUUCAAAAAGGAGUCCGAUAACUUCAGAGGGUUUCAACAACAUACUUAUAUGGACAGAUAUGAAACAAAUGAUGAUUUUAAAAAUUACCAAGAAAAAAAUGAAGAAUAUUCACAAGAUCGUUGGAGUAGUGACAGUGGACGCGAAAGACAAUAUCCAGUACUUGACCUUGACUGGAGUGAGUGGGAAUCUAACUUAAGAGGCAGCAGUGAAAACCUUUCAGAGAGGGGGUUCUAUGAAAGAGAACAGGUUUGUGCAUGUGUGUUAUAAUUUACUUGGAAAAUUUACAGUCAAAAAUCUGCUGAAACUGAUGGUUGUGUUUUCGAAAGGGUUUUUGUCACAAAAAUUUGACAGCACAAUGUCUUUGGGGUAAUUUUUCUGGUGUUUGAUGUGCUGUUUGUCAGUUGUGGGCACCAGGGACUGUGGAAACACCUGAGGUAGUUGCCCAUAUUCCUGGAUGUAACCCUGGUAUUUGUAACACAAUAAUCACAACAAUUGUAAUAUUCUGGAAACUCUUUAAAGUGAUGGAAUGUAUCCAUAGGAUUCCAUUCCAAUCCUGACUUAUAGCCAACACUAAAAUCUUUUCUCACCUCGAUCUUUGUCAAGUAUGUUUGAAAAGUCUUUUCCCCUUCGUGAAGAACAUUACCGUGUUGGAUCAAAAUCAGCAUCUGAGCUACUGCGAAAGUUGUUGCGCGAGGUAGGGUUAAUGUUGGGUUAGGGGAGGGGUAGGUGCGCAGUUGUCCAGGUACUGACGUUAAUCUGCGUUUAACAUCCUUUUACUCUUUUUACACUUAAGGAAUUCUUGCAUUCUCGUGGCGACAAGUUUUGGCGAGAACGUGAAGCUGACCAAGAAAGACGCCCAGAACUUGUUGAUGAAGAUUUUACCAAAGAUUAUGAUGAUAACUUUUUUCAAUGCGAAAACUACUUUGAAUUCACCGAUAACCAUCACGCGCACAACGAGAGGUUAUCACCAGUAAAAGCAGAGGGCAAAAGGGAUCAAAGAGGAGAUCGAUUCUGUUCAAGAAACGAUAGAGAAUGGUUUGGAAACAGAGAAUUUACAGGUUAUCAAGAUAUAAUUUAAGAUACUUUUACUACCUACGGGAUGAUGCGUGAUUAAAAAACGCAUUUAUUUAGGGGUGGCCGUUUGAUAACCAUCAGUGGGGCGGGCCCACCCAGAGAUAUCCUCUCUGGUUGGAGUGGUAAUUUAACCCCUUAACUCCUAGAAGCAAUUGACAUAUAACUUACCCAAUGAUAUACAUACCAUAUCCAGCAAACCAGUGGUAUCUUGACCUAGAAUCAAAUACUCGUAGAUAAGUUACAAGGAAACGUGUAGCAGCUAAGGGGGAAAUUAAAAUUUCAGGAUUUUCUUUAGGGAGGUUACAUUGCUUUUGCUUGGACAGUGCGUGUUACUUUAAUUAUCCCCUAAGCCUUGACAUCUAAUGUGUUAUUUUUUUAUUGACCUGUAGAAGAAACCCGACGCAACUUCCCACCGUCCGAUCAAUCAGCAGAGUGGCCAAGAUGGGAGACAGUUGCCCUUAGCAACCAAACUAGAAAGCCAUUUAACCUAGAUGUCAUGAAGGACACGCCCACACACGUGACACGGGGUUUAAACCCAAGAGUCUCACCUCCGCCAGACGGAAGACCAAGGUCAGACGAGUGGGUGAGGAACAUUACCAGAAAUUUCCGUAGCAAAGAUCGGCAUAGUGCUUCGCCUGUGAACAUUCGCUCUCAGACGUUUGGUCGUGCUGGCUCUCCGCUUGCAGGUAAUACUUCAUCACAAACAAUUUCUGACUCUGCUCGCUCAAGAAAAGGUCGUGGUAGUAUUUCUCCUGUAAGAAACAGGCACUCCACCAAUGGAAGAAGCAAUAGGAGUUGUUCAGUCGACAAAGGGUUUGGUUCCAAAACUCAUGAAUCCUCACCAAUGAAUGGGAGAUUAAGUUAUUCCUACAAUGAACAUAGCUUCGGAAGAAAGACGAGAGAAAGUCGAAGUUUCUCACCAAACCCAAAUACUAAGACGUCUUGGCCGAGAGGACAUGGUAACAAUGGUAAGGAGGUCGACCUUCGACGUUCUUUUAUGAUGCAUCAACAAGGAAAACAUUCAUCUUCGCGAGAAAGAGAUAGAGAAGUCAGUCUAAAGCACUCGCCUAGAAGGACGAGAAGCUCUCUGGAGAAAUAUAAGGUCGAACCAUCCUCUUGUCGACAAGCCAUAAACAGGAAGAGACGUAAUGAAGACGACCUCAGAAGAGACGACAGAACUAAAAGAAGUAAGUUUUCAGGAGGCAGUAUUGUCGAGUGUGCUGGUCUUGUAAGCUGGUGCAGGGAGGGGAGGGGGAGGGGCACUUGGGUCACACUUUGCAGGGUAUAUGCCGCUGACCUCCCAGAAUCCCUUACCUCUUCACAGUCUAUUCUUUGGCCAAUUAUAGACCCCGUCUUUGUUACUUUUCGUUAUACGGUCACAAAUUGUAAUGGCGAAUCUUCAUGCAGUCGUGUAUGAGCUAAUACAGCUAGGAAUUUGCAUUAUGAUCGAAUUUUGUUAUAGUUUUGCAGUCAAAUCGCUUGUUAAUCGAAACAAAUUAUGAUUUCGUCAGAAAAGGAACACUGAAAUUCACGGGGACGACAUGGUAAAGGUUGGAAUAUAGCUACUAAUAUUGUACUCGCUAUUAUCGGCCAUAACAUACAGUGCUUUAAAGUUUUCACACUGCGUUCAAAUUAAGUAUCGGCAAACAAACAAAAUGCCGGGAUUUUCAAAGUAUUAAAAGUUUUCUCUCCUUUGGAUUUUUGUUUCAUAGGGAGACAAACAAGUUCAGGCAUCUGUGACAAUGCGUCAAGCCAACUUGGAAACGGGAACAGUGAUUCCACCCGGAAGAGACAUAAAAGAGAAACUGAUGAGAGAAUAAAGUUAUCACCUCGAGAUCGUGAACGAAAAGCAAGACGGGUAAAGAACAACACACAUUACUAAAUAUGAGAUUUAAUGCUGUAUUACAUUCAGCGGAGUAAGAGAUGCGAUGUCUUAGUAGCUGAAUUCCAGAACCCUGGAUUGAGAAAUCCAUGUUCGAGGUGAUCUCACUAGAUAAAAGACGUAGUUCUCAGAUCCCCUCUCCCCGUCCAGGAGUUUGAAAAAUGCUGUGGGUGACCCGCCUUGUGCUAGCAUUUCAUUUUAAGAGGAGUGGUAGUACUCAUAGUUUCUUCAUGCCAGGAUAAGUGUUGGCAGCUUUGAACUUUCGAUUUUAUUUGUAUCGAUGCCUAGUCAACGAAUGUUCAAUGAUUCACACGGAUCAAUGUCAGUAUGUAUGAAACUGCGCACCUACCCCUCCCCAAACCCAAUAUUAACCCCAACUUGAUUUCAGUUGACUGUUGUUGGGCUGAGGGAAGGGUGGGUGCGCAGUCGCUCCGAUACUUAUCUCUUCUCCAUUAACCCUUGAAACCCUAAGAGUGACCAGCAUCUAAUUUCUCCUUACACUAUCACCUAUAGCGGAUGUUUUAAUGCUUUUUUUCUCUUACAGUCGAGAGAUCCUGCAGCAAGUAAUUCGAACACAAGGAGAGCAGAUCGUUUUCUAAGUGACCUGGCUGUAACUUUGGCCCAGGGCAAGGUUCUCAACAAAGGACCAGAAGCUAACUUACGUGCUUCAAAAGAGAACGCAUCAACCAGUGGUAAUUACAUUGAAGGAAAGUGUCGUGGAAGUAAAACAAGGCUCCCUGUAAACCCAGCCAGGGAGUCAGAGGGAUCCAGAACUGGUGAGAGGAGGUACCACGAGCAAGAGAAGGCAGCCGCUGCCUCGGACAAAAACAAACAAUCUUCAAACGUAGAGGAGGGUAUCAGCUGUGCGGAAUUAGCAAUGGAGGGGGACAAUGAAGAGAGUAUCAUUGAAGCAGAAGUUUCAUCUUGUAAUGAACCUUCAGACCAGGAAGAAGAAGAGGAAACUGACGGAAAUGAAAGUUCCAAUUUGUCGGAGGAUGAUUCAGAACGUGCGGAUUCAUAUGAGAAUAGUAUCUCUUUCGAAGAUGACUUUUUGGACGUAGAUGAAGACUUAAGUUCUGUUAUUGAUGAUGAGAUUGAUGAUGACAUGCCUGAAAUCAAUGACAUUGAUGGAGACGGAACUGAUGAAUGCAGCGAAUGUUCUAAAUUGUCGACAGGAAAUUCAGAAAAUGCUGAUCACUUCGAGAUUAUGGGGAAAGGAUUACAACGUAACAACUCUUCUUCAGAUGAGGAAUUUUCGAAACUGAACUUGGCAGAAGAAUUGAUGGAAGUUGUUCACACUGCGGAUUUGCGUGAUUUCCGGUCUCUUGAGACUUUGGAAAAACUGGAUUACGUUGAGACGUUGUCAGAAAAAGAAAACAAAACCUCUCACGAUGACCAAGUAACGAACUCAGAUGAGUCCUUUCAAGAGUUGAUUCUCAAACAGGAGGUCAAGGAGCACACAGAAAAUGUCAUACACGAGGAAAGUAUGUCAACAACUGCACAUCAUGCUCACGGGGAUAUUUCUUCUGUUCAAGGGAAGCCAUCUGAAUGGGAAGAAGGUAAAGAAUCUUGUCAUCUAAAUGCGAAAUGUAACAUGGGUAAGAACGCAAGCCAGGCACUUUCUGUGGAAGUAUCGUCAAGGACCCAAGUUUUGAACAUGUCACCCGACAACGUAUUGACUCGUGAUGUAGACAAGGCUGAUGGAAGCUUAUGCCAGAAGGAGGAGCGCGAGGCAAUGUACCGAAGUAAGGAAGACUAUCAGGAGGCUGAUGUGGAGUCUGUUCCAGAAGAUAUUACCCGUGAUCGAACCUCGUCAACUAAGAUUUCUUGUUUCCCUGGUACGUUAAGUAACACAGAAACUGAUUACAGGCGUGAUGACAAAUUUAACCCACAAUUUAUAGACAGGAGGAGCGGUCCUAAAGUGCCUCUUUCAGUAACAAGCUGCAACAGUACGAAGGACAAUUCAGGUCCCUUAAAUGAGGGAAGUUAUAACGAGGAGAAAUCUUAUUGCAACGGGAGUGAAAACCUAGCAGUAUGUACCACUGAAAGCGAGCGUGUACGUGACAGCAUAAGAAGAACGAAAGAAGGUCAAUACGAGCUAAAGAGUAAUAACCGGAAACAUUCUAAUGGUGCUGAUAAUGAGGAUAAGAGAGACCAAAGAAACGUAAAAAGUUGUGAUUUGGAUCCACUUAUCAAUAACAAAAGUGAUGUCAAGACGGAAACCUCUCGUAGAGUGCUGCCCCUUAAAAAACGUGAAGAUACUAUUACGUAUGCCACAUUCCAAGAUAAGUUUUUGUGCAAGCAAGGAGAAGUUUAUAUCCCUGGAGAAGCUCGGGUAGCACGAAAAGAAGUCUGUCAUAACAACGAAGAUGGUCUCGUUCAUAACUGGAAUGUGAAAGAUGUUAGACUACCUGAAGGCUCUACUUCGGACAGAGAACAAGAUUUGCCUAAAGAGGGAGCUGUUGUGAAAAAUGGUUUGGACGGAGACAGUGACGAUUUCGAGGAUCAUCUCGGUCAAGAACAUGCAAUGCACCAUGCGGAAACUUUAAAUGACACCAAAACAAAGGUAGGUUCUCGUGACGUUUCUAACUCUCGAGAAGAAAAAGAUUUGGAAAGCCGUAGGCGAAGCGAAGAGGUCUUCCCGUCUGUGAAAGACGAUAUCUUCUCAGGGACUGCAGAUCUUCAACGUGUUGAUAUGGAAAUAAGCUUAGAAGGGGAGAUUCCUGACGUUUCGAAAGAGUUAUCACUGCGUGUGGAUAAUGACACCGUUGCUGAGGAUGGUGAUGGAAAUAGACCUUAUUCUCCCAGCAGUCCAACCUGGACAAGUGAGGAACACCGCUCCCCACUCCCAAAAGAUGACAUGUCGCUCUAUUCCCCGAGUCGCCCAACAAGCGUGAGCGGAAGUGACGCACAACGAAGUAUCAUCGUCGAGGACUUGUCUAACGAGGACCGUAACUAUGAUGGCAUUGAACCAGUCUUUGAUUCCAUGGAGGUGGGUUGUGAUUUACCAGAGAAGGAAAAUGUUACGGUCAACAGUGGCAUCACAAAAGGGCCAUUUACAAGUUCUUUCAUAUUUUGUAGCUCACCAAAAUCUGAAUCUGAAUUACUUCAAGGGCAAUCAAUACUCGAUAUAACUGAGGAAAAUAUUUUACGAAGACCUGUGAUACCAAAUAGCAAGAUAGAAAACCGCAAAGUGAAGGACGAGAACGGUAAGUGUGAUGAAGAGAGCGUUGGCAACGAUACUGAGAUUUUGUCAAAUAACCCAGGCACGGAAAAGAUUUCUAAAGACGAUCUGAGGUAUAUGAAACAUCAAGAGGGAACAAAUGGCCUUGUACCACUUGCCUCUGUGGAUGUCAAGCCUAAAAUAGAAUACAUAACAGCUACAAAGCUGCAUAAAGCUGAGGAUGUUAAAGUUUUGUUAGAAAAUUCUGUUCAAGAAAAGAAUCAAAACCAUGGCCGGAAGUCUUUGAGAUGCCAAGAGAGAACGCAAAGUUUGCCAACCUCUGCUACCAUGGAUGUGAUACCUAAGAGAGCAUUUGUAACCUCCGCCAAAACUUACCUCGUUUACACUGACAGCGGAACUCGGCACAAACCCCGCAUAUUUUAUGCUACUAACGAUACUACUGCUAGACCUACGAGGUCUCUCUCCUUGGAUACAGCGUGGUCUUCGGAUGAGAACCCUGAGCUAGGCCCCAGCAAAGCAUCAUCAAACAAUGAAGAGGAACGACGGCAAUCAGCUGCUAAAAGAGCUGAUAUAACAAUCAGAAGGGAGGAGGAAAAUCCUGAUAGUCUUGUCGAACCAUCGUUGUCUAGUGGGCCAUGUAGCUGGGAUUCGCCUUUAAAACUUAACGGAGAUAUGUCUGAGGAUGGUGAUCAGAGUGUUACUCUAGUCCGUGGUUUAUUCGUCAAUUUAAGGUCUGAUAACAUGGCUGUGUUACCGGAUCCAGGACGUGAUAAUUGUGCCGAUGCAAGAGUGACAAUGAGUGCAAAUACAGCGUCAACUACCUCUUCUCCCUGUUCAGGUGACAUUAUUUUGGCUCCCAGCUCAGAUCCGGGAAAUGAAGAGUCAUUACCCAUACGGACGCCAUUGCAGCCGACAGAUAAAGAAGCGCCUGUUAAAAAUGACGGAAGAAACUCGCCGAGCUGCUUGUCCCAUAAUGGGGUGUCGUUAGAUAUCCAAGCACUAUGUGGGACGAAUAAAAAAGACUUCUCCCCAGCUACUGACCAUCAUCUUAAUACCUCGUCGCAAGUAGCCAAAACGACAAAAUCGGUAUCAAACUUGGCUAUUUCUGAUAUCACUAAUGACAACUUAAGGCCUGAUGAGCCUUCGGUAACCUCUGUAGUGACCGGCAAUAUGCCUGUUGCAUGUGGACGUGACGACCAGAUAGUGUCUCUGCUUAUGUGUUCCGAUGAUAUUCAGAGUGCAAAUGCGGAGAUGCAAGGUAAAAAUGAAAAUGACUUUCAAACUGAAUUCUCUUUGGGAGGAAUACAACGGCAGGCUUCACUUAAUCAAAAUGGAGACAACACAUGUCAUUCAACCCCUGCUAACAUUAAGAGGCCCCGCCCUGACUCCAGUGAAGAACCUUUUCACACCAGUAAAGUGGCUCGGAAAGCUCUCAAACUUAUCAUGCCAACAGAUCGAACUCCUAAUCCCCGUGGGAAGGCGAACCCAAAUUCUGCUCUCUUCACAAGAUAUUCUAAGAAGACCAGCUCUUGUACAAUGACUUCCGCAGACGUGGCUAUCUUUGCAGAGAAAAGCCCUGCGCACGUUGUGGUUGGCGAUUCCCUUUUCACUAAUAAACGAAAUCAUGUUGGUAAUGAUGUGUGCGCAGAAAAUGAUUCCAGUUGUAGGAAUAUCAGCAUAGACAACAGAGACAGUCACACUUUCAAGAGUGACGGUUUUACUCUUGCACUGAAAACUGGUAUGUCACCGCCAACGACGAAUAUCGAAAGUCGCAUGCAAACUCAGUCAUUUGUUGCUGAUAUUAGUGUCAAAGAUCACACAGGCACGAGGAUCUUGUCGGACAUUGAAGCUAGCUGUAGAAGAAAAGAAACUGAGCAGGUCGCUUUCAAGAUGGAAAAGCUUCGAAAAAAGAAAGAGGAGAUAGAGCAGGUGAGUAAUCCCCUCGAGCUAUUUUCAUUCCGAAAACUGAAAAAAAUCACUCUAAAAAUUGCUUCAAAAUAGAAAUGCCCGAAUCUUGUGCAUUUCUCCCUUAUUAUUGGUGCAAAUUAAAGGUACAUCCUUAAUCUUCAAAAAUCCGUGUGUGAAAGUUGAACUUUUCUUUAGUGAAUCUCAGUUUUACGAGGUCCGUUUGGUUAGUUUUGGCCAAUUCUUCUCUAAUUUUGAGCGAGGUCGCCCUUAAAAUUUGCCGCCUCAUCAGUUAUUAAUAAUUAAUGGUGUCAUUUUAUUCUGCCCGAUGCGCAAUGAAGUCGUUCGUGGUCAAAUGAUCAGUUUUUGUUCGUUAGAGGCUGCCCUGCGCGCUUUUCACGGUGAGUAAUUCUUGCUUGCUCGCUAUAAGAAAAUCUUUGGGACGUUUUCCGCAAUAUGAAACAGAUACGCCCGAGUCCCUAAGCAUUAUGCGUGGUGUGCAGUUAUCGGUCGAAUUGAGUCUGAAAGGUUAUUAUUGUCAAAUCACAGCAGCUUUUAAGACAUCUGGUAUUUUGUUCCAGAUCUUUAAGAACGAUAUCGCUUGAAAGACAUUCAGGAAAUACAUCAAAACGUCAAUUAAUUAGGGACGCGCAGAAAUAUGAACUACCUAUUGCUACCUGCCUUUUUCACUUUAUGUAGACUUUACUCUGUCUCUAUCACUAGUUUUAUGAGCUUUUGUUUGUGAUUUUGCCUAUCGUAGGUUUACAAGCAGGAAUGCGAAACAGUGAUAAGUGUAGUUAAGAUGUUAGUGAGGUGAGGAACUAAAUCGUUUUUAAUGAGUUUCGAACAUCUAAAUCAUUUUUAAAUAUUUUGCAACGUUCUAAUUUAAUUAGCUAUUAGUUCUUCAUGCGGGAUGCACUUUGUGAAGGGUGUACACAAUGAAAAGAAUUAUUCACCAGCAUGUUAAUUUAAAACGAAAGCGGGUUUGAAGAUUAAUUUUCAAUUCAGUGUCGAAAGUAAUCCGAGACUGCAUUGAUUUUGCUUUUCUUUACUCUGUGAUUGGUCCCGAAAAAUCCGCGCCACUCUCGUAACCAAUCAGAUGCAAAACUAAAACCGACCUGGUCACCCGCGUUUUCUCGCGCUUUAGACGGUUUUGUCGUCUCUACUUUGAGUUCCCAUUGGCUCGGCAAGGUAUUUUCCUUUUUUCCCAUUGGCUGUUGUGAUUACUUUGGUUUUGGUUAUAAGACACUCAAUCGAAAAGCGCGCUUACUAGUUAUCAUAAAGGAAUGCCUAAUUUUGUUUGUCAAAUGAAUGCCAUGGAACUAUUAGACUCACAGAACUGAUUAAUUUGAGGUUCCCGCCUUUAACUAACGAAUUAAACUAUUUUUGUUCCUUUUCUCCUUAAGGAAUGAUCCAAGACUGGAAGGUCUGUUACAGAAUGCAGUGCGUCGCACCUUGCAGGAUAUGGGAAGAAGAUGUGUGCAAGAGCUUGAGAAGCAGGCUCGUCCUGGAACAUAGAUUCCUUCGCUUUCUUAUUAGCUCAGUCCUCAUCAAUGCUUUCAAGUGUAACGAGUGUAUAUGGAAAUCGAAAGGGGAUGUAACGUUGCUCUACAAUGGCAUUAACACCAGUACGAAUUUCUUGAAAGGUUAUCAUCAGCAGUGUAGAGGGCGUCUGUCUGUCAGUCCAAACAAAGACUGUUAAACCCUUUAACUCUCAGAAAUGAUUAACACAUAUCUUCUCCCCAUACUAUCCAUACAUUAUUUAGCAAACUGGUAAUGAGAAUACUUAAACUCAGGUAAAAGUUAUGUUGAUCUAACACUAAAUUCUCGUAACUAAUUGGAAAGGAAAUGUUUGGCAGCUGGAGAGGAAAACUAAUCAUCAGCUCCUCGGAGUUAAAGGGUUAAAAUGUAUUGACCUUGUCAAAGGUCAAUAAAUGUUUACCCAGAGUCGUGAAGUGCAUGUGCGUUGGGAUUGGUUUGUAUGCUUCUGUAUUCCCUAUUCGUGGUUACGCAUACGCGACAUAAUCAAAAGAAACAGCAUCGUUGAGUUAUGGAAGUCCAAUCGAAG